AUGACACAUUACAAAGCUCUGUAUGGUCAUAAGUGUCGUACUCCACUAUGUUGGACUAAGUUGGGUGAGCGAAGAGUUUUGGGUCCUGAGUUGGUUUCCAAGACUGAAGAUAAGGUUAGACUAAUUUGGGAUCAUUUGAAAGCGGCUACUGAUAGACAGAAGUCCUAUGCGAAUUUGAAAAGGAGGGAUAUCGAGUACUAUGUGGGUGAUUUUUUAUUCCUUAAGGUAUCUCCGUGGAAGAAAGUUUUGAAGUUCGGUCGCAAGGGCAAGUUGAGCCUGAGGUUCAUUAGGCCGUAUCAAAUUUUGAAGCGUGUGAGACUGGUGGCUUAUCAGUUAGAGCUACCUCCAGAGUUGGACCGUAUCUAUGAUGUGUUUCAGGUCUCAAUGUUGAGGUGGUACUGGUCUGAUCCAUCUCACGUUGUCUCUGUUGAGGAGAUCGAGGUUAGAUCGGGCUUGACGUUUGAGGAGAAACCAGUUCAGAUUAUAGAUUGA